GAGAAAAAUAUUGAUGAAGUGCUUCAAACGCACACGGUCUUCUCAAAUGUGUCCAAAGGGCAAGUAGCAAAAAAGGACGAAUUAUCAGCAGCAUUUGGCACCGAAGAUCAGUUAGAAAUUUGCAAAAUUAUUUUGGAAAAGGGAGAUUUGCAAGUAUCUGACAAAGAGCGCCAGGCACAGACAGAUCAAACAUACAAAGAAGUGUCACAAUUGAUUGCGGAGAUGGUAGUGAAUCCUGAUACCAAACGCCCAAUUCCAACAUCCGUCAUCGACAAAGCUCUUCAUGAACUCCAUUUCUCUUUGAAGCCUAACAGAAAUGCAAAGCAACAAGCGUUAGAGGCAAUUCCUAAGCUUCGAGAAGCCAUUCGCCUCGAGCGUGCAAAGAUGAGAAUCCGUAUAGCGAUGCCUUCGCAUGAGGCUAAAAUCACACAUUCACGAUUGAAAGCUCUAUUCUCGGAACUAGAGUUGGAGGACUGGGCUGAGGGUGGUCUCGAGAUGGUAAGUUUAGCAAAUAUAGCAGUCUUCAGUUGGACUACAUCGGCUAAAUAA